CCUUCCACAGUCGUCUUUCCCCUCUUAUCCGUUCACUCUGAAGGGGGGAAAAUCUCAUCUCUGCUGCAAUGGCUAUGGCGAUGGCAACUGCUGCAGACACUGGGAGUAGAGUCUGGAGCAUGACUUCUCUCCGAUCUGCUCUUCCUCAUCUCCAUCCUUCCGGUUCUUCCUCUUCCUCAUCCUCCUUCCGGUUGUCUUCCUCCUCUCGCCGCUCCGCCCUUCGCCUCCACAUCUCCCGUCCCCCUCUUUCGCCGGUUUUUCCAUCUUUUUCUGGCCUCUCUCCUCUCAAUCCUCUCGGCCUCCCAGAUUUCAGCAGCUUCCAGGAAGGUUUCACCGUCAUCGACAAUGGCUGUCGCGUUUUCGCCAUGCGGCACGGCAGGCGGGUUCCGAAGCUGAACAGGCCUCCGGAUCAGCGUCGAGCCCUUCUCCGCGGUCUCACCACUCAGCUGCUGAAGCAUGGGCGCAUCAAGACCACGCGCGCCAGGGCGAGUGCGGUGCGGAAAUACAUAGACAAGAUGGUGACCCUCGCAAAGGAUGGUUCGCUUCACAAGAGAAGGCAGGCCCUCGGGUUCAUAUACGAGAAGCAGAUAGUCCACGCCCUGUUCGCCGAGGUGCAGGACAGAUAUGGCGACAGGAACGGCGGUUACACCAGAAUCAUCAGAACUCUCCCCAGGCGUGGCGACAAUGCUCCCAUGGCCUAUAUCGAGCUUGUCUAAUGUUUUCUCCUUCAUUCUUCUCGCCUUUAACGUGAUCGAAAUCCGAUUUUUAUGUUUUCCAGAUCUGCAAAUGAACCACUCUUCCCGUUGGAGCC